UAUAACUAUUUCCUCAACAUAGGCAUAUUUAGCCGCAGAUUAUGUUCAGACUGUUACAACUGACCCCAGAUUUUAUCAAGAACCAGGCUUCUGUGGAAGUGAAGUACAUGGAUGAGAAAGACAGCCUGAAAAUCAUGAUGUACCCAUGGUUUGCCAUGGGUCAUCUCACAGCAUACCUUCACAUAUCCAACAAACUUGCUGAGAGAGGCCAUGAAAUCUUCUUCAUCGUUCCUUCAAGAACACAGUCCAAAAUAUCCCAUCACAGUCGCCACCCUAACCUCAUCAGAUUCUGCCCGAUCCUCAUUCCCCAUGUCGAUGGCCUCCCCCACGGGACUGAGACCACCGCCGACGUUCCUUUCUCCAAGUACUCGCUUCUCCGGCAUGCCAUGGAUCUCACACGCCCAGCUGUCGAAUCCCUCAUGCUAGAACUCAGUCCAAAUUUUGUGUUCUUCGAUUUUGCGCAUUGGCUCCCUGCUGUAUCGAGCCGGUUGGGGAUCAAGUCCCUGCAUUACUGCAGCAUAAGCCCUGCCGCAGUGGCCUUCCUGUUUCGCGAUGAAUCUGUCGAGGCUCUGAGGGAUCCGCCGGCUGGGUUCCCACCGUCGAUGAUCAAACUUCGCACAUGCGAAGCACAUGUGGUUAAUACGAUCAAUAAUUUGAAGGAGCAUGGGAGUGAUAUGAAGUACGUGCAUGGAAUGAUUAAGGUGAACGACGAAUGCGAUGCGAUCGGAUUCAGAUCGUGCAGGGAAAUGGAGGGGCCGUAUUUGGAAUAUCUGGAGAAGAGAUUUAAUAAGCCGGUAAUUCUAGCAGGGCCAGUUCUGCCGGAGCCGCCAAUGGCAGUAACCCUAGACGAGGGUAUGAGGAAAUGGCUGGAUCAAUUCGAACCAAAAUCCGUUAUCUUUUGCGCAUUCGGAAGCGAAGCGAGGCUAAGAACUGAUCAAUUCCAGGAAUUAUUGCGAGGAUUUGAGCUCACCGGAUUUCCAUUUCUAGCUGCUCUAAAACCGCCAUUGGAGGAAAGCUCCGUGCACGACGCUUUGCCGGAGAAUUUCCUCCAGAGGAUCGGCGGAAGAGGAAUCGUCCAUGGAUAUUGGGUCCAGCAACAGCUGAUUCUAUCGCAUCCUUCGGUGGGAUGCUUCGUGACGCAUUGCGGGUGGAAUUCCCUAUCGGAAGGCCUGGUGAGUGAAUGCGCGCUGGUGCUGGUGCCACACGUCGGAGACCAGCUGAUAAAUGCCAGAUUGAUGGGCGGCGAUCUGCGUGUCGGCGUGGAGGUUGAGAAAGGAGACGAAGAUGGAGCGUUCGGGAGAGAAGGUGUGUCGAAGGCGAUCCAAAUCGCCAUGGCUGACGACUCUGAAAUUGGGAAGGAAAUUCGAGCCAACCAUUGUAAAUGGCGAGAGUUUUUGUUGAAGGAAGGGCUGGAGAAUUCCUACAUUGACGAGUUCGUUCGUAAGCUGCAUUCUCUUUGCAGCAAUAAUCCAAAAAAAAUAAAAUAAAAUUGUGAUAGGAAACCCUAAUCCCCAAAUUGAAUCUCGUUUUGGUGAUACUAAUUUAUAUGCGGUGUCGCAAAAGAAUAUAAAAUGCGUUUUUUGGUGGAACUGGAGGAAACU